CCAGCGCACAUCUAGAAGGGAGAGAAGGAGGCGAUGGACGUCGGAAUCGCACCUUCUGAGCCGGCUUCUCGCUUCUUCAGAAGGGAGUUCGAGAAGACGCCCAGCCCCGAGAAGGAGGUCCUGCACCAGGACCAGGACGACGAGUCCUUCGCCGACGAGUCCUUCGCCGACGAGCUGUUGGGCUUCCUCGACAAGGAGGAGCAGGACCCGAGCCGCGUCGAGCUGGUGCUGGACCUCACUUACCUGGGUCUGGCGGACAAGGAGGAGGAGUCGUACGCCGACGAGGUGGAGGAGAUCGAGAAGCGCACGGCCGGAGCGACCGUGGGCCUCCCCCAGUUCCGUACAGAUGAGGACGGGAAGCUGAUGGAGCUGGUGAGCCACAAGUACAUCCGCGCGCUCAUGAAGUCGCCGCCUCCUUCCAAGCCGCUAUCGGACUACAGCAUCGAGGCCCUCAAACGCACGGGGAUCACGGACGAGGAGGAGCUCGAGACGGUGGCGAGGGGGUUCCGGGCCAUGCAGAGCGCGCGGGACACGCAGAACGACAUCAUCCGGCAGUACCGCGCCCAGGGCUACGCCUACGUCGCGCUCCCAGCUAUACGCGAUGGAGAUGAUUAGCUCAUGCCUACUACCAGUGUAUGAUGAAUCGAGGAUUGCUGCUGGUCUGCGACCAUAAGUUAUUACUAUUACUACCAUAUUAUUAUUGCUAUUAUGCUAGCACUCUGUGUUAUUGAAACUGUGUUGAACACUCUUGUGUUAUUCAACAUGUAUGUGCUCCGUUGCUUCAUCAAAGAGAUGCAUUUUCCCUUGGUUUAAUGAAUAACCGAGCAUUA